CCACACGCUUUCGUCAAUUCGUGAUUCACAUUUGGUAGGGGUCAAGAAUUAAGUACUGUAAUAUUUCCACGACCAUUUUCAGCAGGUGUAAAUCAAGAAUCAUGCCCAAACCUUUUAGUUUGGCUUUUCCUCUAUUGUUUACAUAUUUUCAGUGCCUUGUUCCGAACCCGUUUAAGUAAUGAGGCCUAGUUAACAUUGCCUUUAUAGCUUUCUUCGUCUCGCUCUCAUUCUUCUUAUUUCUAUCCUUUCUUCGUCACUUUAGCUGGGAACUAGUGAGAAUGGGUGUAAUUGGCAAAACCAGAAUGGUUUUGCCAUUAACAUGUAGAGCCAUACAUGAGGCUUUGAGCUUCAUUGUCUUCUCUUUUCUUGAUCUUCUUGAUUUCGUUCUGUGUUUUGCAUACAAAAUAGCAGAUUUCCUCAUUGAAGCAGAAUGGAAGCCCUGUUAUUGCACCUCAGCUAAAGAAGCCAUCACUAGCUGUGGCAAAAUCUUGGUCUCUGAGCAAGGUGAGUCCAAGGUUGUAUGCCUCAGUUCUAGCAAGUUAGAGCUAGAGGAAAUCUCAGACACUCUUUAUGCCCGCCCUUCUCUACUUUCUGAAGUUUCGAAAUUAACUGUUAAUGAGCUAGAACGAAUCAAAAAGAACCUUUUACGAACUUGCGAGAAGACGAAGAAAGGAACGGUGAGAUCCACAUUCACUAUUAACUCCACCAUUGUUGAAAUGCUUCAAGGAAAGAUUGAAGGGCAGCAAACACAUCCCAUCCCAAGAUGGUCUGAUUGUGAUUGCAAACAUUGCACUAGUUGGACCACCUCUAGCCAAGAAACUCUAUUUGUUAAAGCUGAAGGCGCAAAAGAUAAGGCAAAAGAAGACGUCCUCUUCAUCCAUGGAUUUAUUUCAUCAUCAGCAUUUUGGACAGAAACCGCAUUUCCCAACUUCUCGGAUGCUGCUAAAGCAAGCUACCGAUUCUUUGCUGUGGAUUUGCUAGGGUUCGGGAGGAGUCCAAAGCCAACUGACUCGCUUUACACACUUAGAGAGCAUUUGGAGAUGAUUGAAAGAUCUGUGAUCGAACCUUACAAUGUUAAAUCCUUCCACAUAGUGGCUCAUUCUUUAGGCUGCAUUUUGGCCCUAGCACUUGCAGUAAAACACCCUGGAUCUGUCAACUCCCUUACUCUCCUUGCACCACCAUAUUAUCCCGUUCCAAGAGGGUUACAAGCAACACAAUACGUCAUGAGAAUGGUAGCUCCAAGGCGCAUGUGGCCACCGAUUGCAUUUGGUGCGUCGAUUGCUUGCUGGUAUGAGCACAUAAGCCGGACAAUUUGUCUACUUAUAUGCAAGAACCAUAGGCUGUGGGAAUUUCUUGCCAAACUUGUCACAAGAAACAGGAUUAGGACAUUCUUGCUUGAAGGAUUCUUUAGUCAUACCCACAACGCAGCAUGGCAUACCCUACACAAUAUUAUCUGUGGAACCGCCAGCAAGCUCGACGGCUACCUGGACGCCGUCCGUGACCACCUUAAAUGUGAUGUCAAUAUCUUCCAUGGGAGAAAUGAUGAGCUUAUUCCUGUUGAAUGUAGUUACAAUGUACAAAAAAGAGUUCCUCGUGCUCAUGUUAAGGUGAUGGAGAAUAAAGAUCACAUUACUAUUAUUGUUGGUAGGCAAAAGGCCUUCGCUAGGGAACUAGAAGAAAUUUGGAGUAGAUCGAGUGGUUAGGACUCUACUAUUUUGUGCAUGCCCUAGAUACAAGUCACCAUAUACAUAUAUAUCUUGCUGAACUGAAUACUGGCAGGUUUUCUUCUGCUUGUCCAAGUGUGAAAUCUCAACUAGGCAAUUACCCACCAUUAUUAGUGGGGUAAGAAAUGCUUGAUUAUUUAUAAACCCAUGUGAUUUCAUAAGAAAAUGAAAUGGAAAUCCUAGAUGUUGAAUGUGUGGUACAUGCACAUCUGCAUGUGCUAUUAUAUUUCUUUCUUCUUAGUUUUCCUAAUACCUUCUAUUUGUUUGGAAAAUUGUAAUAAAUUCCUGCCCCUUAAUUAGAUGAAG